AUACAUUUUUCUUUUCCUAUACAGUUUAGAUCUGCAAUAGUUAUGAUCUGGUGGGUGCUGCUCUUACCUGUACUAUGGUUUACUGCGUUCCGCUUCCGCCGACGUAGGAUGUAUGAGCUCGCGUCGCGAGUCCCGGGUGUCGGCGAGCUACCUCUCAUAGGGGCGGCCCACAAGUUUAUAGGAUCCACGGAGAAUAUUAUGUCUUCACUAAAAGACGUUAGCUCCACGGCUAUUGAAAAAGGUGGAACCGUUAGGUUAUGGCUGGGACCUAUUCUGUAUUUUGUUUCCGUGGAUCCAGUGGACCUGGAGAUGGUGAUGCGGACUUGUCUGGAGAAGGACGACCUGCACCGGUUCACGAGGCCGGUCAUCGGUAAUGGGGCUAUAUUUGCUCCAGUCUACAUCUGGAAACCAAGACGAAAGAUACUGCAGCCAGCAUUCAAACCAAAGAUAGUGGAGAGCUUCGUCCCCGUGUUCGCGAAGCAGAGCAUGAAGCUGGCUCGCAAGCUGGGCGAGGCCGGAGGCCGCGAGGUCAAGCUGCGCCCUUACAUUAGUUCCUACACCCUGGAUUCCACUUGCGAAUCCUCCUUGGGUGUGAAGAUAAACGCCCAGGACGACGCCGUGUCUCCGUUCCUCGUGGAGCUGGGCCGAGUAACCCAGGUGGUGGCGGAGCGUAUCUUCCACCUUUGGCUGCAACCGGAGUGGCUGUUCCGGUUCUCCCCGCAGUACCGCCAGCAGCGGACCAGCUGCGCAGUCUUGCAUGGUUUCACUGAUCAUGUUAUAAAGAAGAAACGAGAAGAAUUAAAAGGUCAACAAUGUGAAAAUCCUAAAGCAAACCAAACCAUUGACUUAUCUGACUACGAUUCCAAGUCUUUCCUGGAGCUGUUGAUCCACUUCUCGGGCAGCGAGGGCGGGUACAGCAACGAGGAACUGCGGGAGGAGAUCCUGACGCUGAUCAUCGGGAGCACCGACUCCUCUGCCUCUACUAUCGGUUAUGCUCUCGAUUUGCUGGCCAAGUAUCCUCAUGUACAGGACAAGGUUCAUGCAGAAUUGGACAUAGUGUUCGGCGACUCGGACCGGCUUCUGGAGAAAGAGGACCUGAUACGACUGAAGUACCUGGACUGUGUCAUUAAGGAGACGCUUCGGCUGUUCCCACCAGCGCCGUUCCUCAUCAGGAAGGUUGAAGAGGAAACCACCUUGCCAUCAGGAUGCGUGCUGCCCGCCGGCAGUGGUAUAGCAGCGUCCGUGUGGGGCACACAACGGAACCCUAAGUACUGGGGCCCCGACGCGGACGCGUUCGAUCCGGACCGCUUCCUUCCUGAGCGGGCCGCGCUGAGGCACCCCUGCGCAUUUAUGGCGUUCAGCAUCGGCCCGAGAAAUUGCAUCGGCUACCAGUAUGCCAUGAUGUCGAUAAAGUCGGCGCUGUCUUCGGUACUGCGCUUCCACCGCGUGAAGGGGAGGGUGGAGGAGGGGAACAAGCCGUACAUCCGAGUCAAGAUCGACGUCAUGAUGAAGGCCGUUAACGGACACGAGCUUACUCUCGAGAGGAGAACGCAACAUUGUGCUCAAAAUGAUUUGUAAAUCGUAGAUAGAUGUUUGCGUAUCUAAAGAUGACGUUCAGAUGUCAACUACAGCUGCAUUACUGUGCAUGUGUUGCACACGUGGAUAAAAUGCAACUUACUAGCAUUCUUAAAAUGCAAAGUGCCAGUGCAAAGUAAUGUGAUGAAAAUUUUGAGUUGUUUUCUAACGUUGGCUGGUAGAAAUGUCUUUUAAAUUAUGAUUUUGAAUGAUAAAUAUGUAAUAACGUUCAUUAGGAUUUGAUUUGGUUUGAUUUUGUUUGAUAUUUUAUAAGUAGUUAGUAUUUUCCUUGGGUUGGUGUGGUGAAAAAAGUUGUGUUUCGCUCGGUGACAAAAUUUGUUUAAUCCUCUUGCUUUGAAACCCUCAACGCUCAAGAUUGUCGAAGUUUAAUUUUGGAAUCUUUCGCUUGCUCGGGUAUCAAUAUUAGCACGAAAGGUUAAACAACAACUUUUCACAGUCCUGCAGUAAUUUCGUGUCGCAGAACGUGUUAAUUAAACAUAUGUUAUAAAACGUUUUUGAUGCAAGUAAGUAGUGAAUUUUGAGGUUGGGGUGUACUUUUUAGGGUUCCGUAGACAAAUGGCAAAAAACGGAACCCUUAUAGAUUCGUCAUGUCCGUCUGUCUGUCCGAUUAUGUCACAGCCACUUUUUUAAAUAUAUUAUAGGUAACGGCUUUGAAUGAUUCACGGUUGAUUUCACUACACUUAAAUCGACCGGGAUAUAAACUGUGAUUACCUUUUAUAUUGUUUUUACGGGUAACCCGUGAACAAGAUGCAUGUAACUGCGUCGAAAUAUCGAGAGCUCAAUAAAAACAAUAUAAAAGGUAAUCACGGUUUAUAUCCCGGUCGAUUUCAGUAUAUUAUAGCUACUUAUUACAGGCUUGAAUUACUGGCACACGUGCAGUUUGCGGUUUCCCAAAACAAUUUACAAUUUUUAUUUAGAACGAAGUUGUGUCGGUGCUUAGAUAUUGGUACAGUAAACAAACCAAUUAUGUAAGGGGGCAGGGUCACUCUCUGAUAUGUAUGGGUUGGAGUGCGGGGUGCGGCAGGGUUUGACCUCGCCUCGUCUCUUCAACUUAAACAUUAUUCUUUCGAUUGUUGAACUCAGCAGCACCUAUGAAGGCUGUCAUAUAAUGUGUGAACAACAUUAGCUAUGCCAAUGAUAUGGUGCUGCUGACUCCAUCUAUCAACGUGAUGAUGACGUUAAGGAGAAUUUGUGAGAAGUAUGCCGAGACAACGAGACGAGAUAAGACUGAGUAUCUUCCCAUCGACGUUACAAAACUGAUCGAGGCAAACCUGCAGAUCUACAUGUUGGAAAUACUGUGUUUAAAGGGGUGGCCAAAUUUAAAUACCUAGGCUGUACGAUCAACGACAACAAUUCACGUGACGAAGAAAUUGACAUUCGUAUUCAGAAUGCCUUGCGGUGCGGUGCAGCUCUGCACAAAGUCUUGGUGUCCAGGCUUCUCAGCAGAAAAACUAAGAUCCGAAUUUACAAGACCGUAAUACGACCCAUCUUAACAUACGGAUGUGAGU